AUGUCCAAUUCUGAACUGCCAUCACAUCACGUCCGUGCGAAGCUCUAUGUCUCACACUUUCUGUCGACAUGGAACUCUCGUCUGUUUGAAUUCGGCGCUGUCUUGUUCAUUUCAAGAAUCUUCCCCGGUACCUUGUUUCCUGCUUCUAUCUAUGCUUUGACUCGCUCUGCUUCUGUCGUCGUCUGUUCGACCAUCAUAGGUCGUCUGAUUGACCGCUCUGAACGCAUGCAUUUGAUUCGUUUGUCAAUCAUCGGACAAAGAGCUGCGACUGCGACAUCAUGUGCCCUGUUAUGGCUCCUGUUGUACUCGGGAUACACCUCUCUUGGCUCCUGGUCUGCAAAGGCUGCUUUAGCACUUCUCUCCCUUCUUGCUUGCGUCGAAAAGCUCUCGUCGGUAAUCAACACAAUAUCUAUCGAACGAGACUGGGUUGUCGUAAUAUCACAGAAGAAUGCGGACGACCUGCAAGAGCUCAACUCCCAAAUGCGCCGUAUUGACUUAUUCUGCAAACUGGUCGGACCUCUUGCCAUAGCCUUGGUCGAUGGCUUUUCGACCAGCAUAGCUAUCCUCGUCACGUUCUGCAUGACUGCAGCCUCCGUAUUCGUCGAAUACUACGCAAUCGCAAGAGUCUACCACCGGGUCAACGACUUGCAGAUACGUCCCACAGCUUCGCAAGACUCCAAGGCAAACAACGAUAAUACCAUUACUUCAGGCACAAGCCGCCGUGGUCGUGAAACCUUCCGAACAUGCAUCUCCUAUGUCCAGCAUCCGGCGUUUCUCCCCUCCUUCUCAUUGUCGCUGCUCUACCUCACCGUCUUGACUUUUGGUGGCCAGAUGGUCACCUACCUCCUUUCAGUUGGAUUCAGUUCGAUCUCAAUCGGUCUUUUACGCACUGUAUCCACAUUCUUCGAGCUGUCAUCAACAUGGCUUGCACCGAAGGCUAUGCACAAGAUUGGUGCCAUCAGAUGCGGAAUAUGGUUUCUCAACUGGCAGAUUGUCUGGGUCGUGAUUACUGCGACUAUGCUCUGGGUGGAGCUCCCACCGAAGUAUGCUGUUGUGGGUCUGCUCGCUGGUACAAUUGCCAGCCGAGUUGGUCUUUGGGGCUUUGACCUGUCUGCACAAGUCAUCGUUCAAGACGCCGUCGAGUCUGAUCAACGAGGCUCCUUCUCGGCCAUGGAAGCGUCGGUUCAGAAUACCUUUGAGCUCUUGUCUUUCGCUUCUACUGCGGUUUUUGCUCGUCCUGAUCAAUUCAAGAUUCCUGCUGCUGUUAGUGCUUCGGCUGUUGUACUGGCUGGGUUGCUGUAUGCCUUUUUUGUUCGUCAGCGAAGAGGUCACUUGUUCCAUGCCUCCCAGUGUAUGCAGCGCAAGGAUCGAUCGAAGUGGCAACCAUUGGCUCAAGACGAAGAGAUUGAGUUGAGUUGA